CCCGUGCAGGAUCUGCUCAAAGAAGCCACCUGCCCCCUUUGCCAGGACUAUUUCCAGGACCCCGUGCUCAUCCCCGAGUGCGGCCACAACUUCUGCCGCAGCUGCCUGACCCGCAGCUGGGGGGAAUCGCCGUCGGAGGCUCCCUGCCCCCUGUGCAGACGGACCUUCGUGCCCGGGAACAUCCUCGCGAACAGGCAGCUGGUGAAUGUGGUGGAGAUCGCCCAGCGCUGCGACCCUGGGGGCGAGGAAGGAGGGAGCUUCUGCGGGACGCACCGGGAGCCCCUCAAGCUCUUCUGUCAGGAUGACGAGACCUUCAUCUGCGUGGACUGUGACCAAUCCCAAGAGCACAGGGACCACCGGGUGAUUCCUCUGGAGGAGGCUUUGCAGGAGUAUCAGAUCCAGGUUGGGAAUUGCCUGAAGGCUCAGAAGGAGAAGAAAGAAAAAAUUCUUGCAUACAGAACAGAAACAGAACGAAAAAUGGAGCAGAUGCUAGACUUAAUCAAAAAAGAGAGAGAAAACACAGUGGCUGAGUUCAGAGAACUACGACGCUGCUUGGAAGAACAGGAGAAGCUUCUGCUGGCCAGAAUGGAAGAGACGGAGAAGGAGAUUGUGGCAAGAAGGGACAAGUGGCUGGCCGAACACAUGGAGGAACUUUCCUCUCUUGAGGAUCUCAUCCAGGAGAUGGAGGAGAAGCAUCAGCAGCCAGCAAGCAAACUCUUACAGGACAGUGGAAGCUUCUUGAAGAAACACCGGGCAAAAAAGCCAUCAAAGAAUCCAGUGGCUUUUCCUCUAGAGCUGAAGUGGACAAUCUGGGAUUACAUCGAUAUCAGUGUCUUUCUGAAAGGCCUCAUGAAACAAUUCAGAGGUAACAAAAAACAGCCGUGGGGGUUUUACGCUGGAUGACAUUUUGACCCCAGAACA